AUGAGCUCUCGUUCCUCCAUCGUCAUAGUGGAAAAACCUGCCUACGUCCAACCACAACUAGGACGAUGGCACAAGAACCUUCUCCUCACUCUCUUUUGUCUCGCAGAGUUUGUGGAUGCGUUCUCAAACUCUGCUCUCUUCCCUGCUCAACCCGCGUUUAAAAAAGCGCUUAAUAUGCAAGAUAACGAACUCACCUGGAUGUUCUCUGCUUAUUCCGCCGCUUUCGCUGCUUUCUUGUUGAUUUCCGGUCGAGUGUCUGAUAUUUACUCUUCCAAGUGGACCUUCAUCGUUGGAUCCGCGCUCGUCGGUUUGUUUUCCCUCGGAUGUGGGUUCGUUAAGGAUAAAGUCGGGAUGUUCGUUCUUCGUGGUCUCAUGGGUGUUGCUGCAGCAGCCACUGUCCCAUCCGGCUUAUCCCUCAUCAUCGAAUGGUUCCCAGAUCCCCAUGAACAAAACUUUGGUAUCUCCAUGUUCGGAGGUUCCUCCGCUUUGGGAAACGUAUUGGGAAUAGUCCUAGGAGGGAUCUUCACUCAAUGGGUAUCUUGGAAAUGGAUCUUCUACUUCAUCACCAUCCUAGGCGUCCCCAUCGCCGUCAUAUCCAUCCUAUCCAUCCCCCCUUCCGGUCCCCGUGAGAAACCUUCUUUCAGGAAACUCGACUUACCGGGCGUCAUCCUCUUCACCGCUUCCGUCAUGUUGUUCAUUUACGCCGUCACUUCGGGUUCGGUCAACGGAUGGGGUUCGGCGAACGUCAUUUCGACCUUGGUCGUUUCUAUCUUGGCCAUGGCUGGGUUCUUCACUCUCGAAGCUUGGUUACCAGAAGAGAUCGCUUCCCUCCCACCCAAAAUCUGGAAAUACCCAAACAUACCCGUUCUCAUGCUCUGCGCUUACUUGCCUUUCUUCUGGUGGACGUCCCUCUUCUAUUCCCUCAUGGAUUACUUCCAAACCGAAUAUCAUUGGGAUACCAUCCUUACCGCUAUACGAUUCUUACCUACCGGAACGUUCUCAGCGCCUAUCGGUGUUUUGGGAGGGAUGUUCCCCAAGUAUAUCGACAUUCGGUAUUCGAUCUUGAUCGGGAUGGGAAUGGAGUUGGUUGCGACCAUCUUGUUACCGUUUGCGGAUACGAGAGAGAGGUAUUGGUCUUUGAUGUUCCCUGCGUUCAUCAUUGGAACGAUUGGAACCAUGACCGUCUUUACCCAGGCUAACAUUGGUGUCUUUAUGAAUACCCCACCUCGAAUAGCAGGUGUCGUAGGAGCGAUAUUCAACGUCUCCCUCCAACUCGGUCUAGCGCUCGGUCUAGCCAUCCUCACUUCCAUCCGGACCUCCAUCGAAAAGAAAAAGAUACAGAGAGGUGAACAUCCUGGGUAUACCGGAAUCGCGGAUGGGUAUUGGUUCGUGUUCGCUUGGGUGGCCGUGACCGCCGUGUUGUUCUUCUUGUUUUAUAAGAAGGGAGCGAGUGGACCGCCGGAUGAGGAGGUGGUCGUACCUGCCAGUGGGGAUGCGGAGAGUGAGAGGACGAAGAAUGAGAGUAGGGAGGCGGUUCUUAAGCAGUAGAGAAUGCCUAUACUUGAACGCUAUAAUUCCUGACUUUGUGAUGAUGAUUUUUUUGUUCUUUUAUUCUCCUUUGUGUUCUCUCUUGCCUUACUUACGUGCGUAACGGCUUGUGGCAUUUCUCUCGCUCUCUCUCUCUCUCCCCACCUAUACAUGCAUCGCAAUCGUUGAAUAACAGAAUACAAUAGUAUGGCCGACGAGGCGAACAGCAGAAACAAAAUGAAUCUGGCAUUCAGUCACACAUACACACACACACACAUGUGCCCCGUACCUGGUUAUAUUUUGUUCCAAACUUCCUGCUGAUUGUGCUCGACCUGUUUUUGGGAUAUACAGUAGCUAGCUCCGGAUCCAGCUAUGUAGCUGACCAAAAAAAAAACCUUUGAAACUUUUUGUAUGUAUGGAAUGUGAUGGUUACAGUCAUUCACGGGCCAAUGGUUCACAUUUUGUAAUUUUGAG